UUUCGUUUUCAUACCUCCAGAGACGAGUGAGAGGAGAAAGCCAUGGAGGACAAAGUCCUCAAGGGAAAAAGAACGCUCUUUAUCCAAGCAGUAAACAAGGGCACAAUAAAUGGCUUGCUGGAUGAACUCCUAGAAAAUAAAGUUCUGAGCCAAGAGGAGAUGGAGACAAUAAGAGAUGAAAAUCCCACUGUCAUGAAUAAGGCCCGAGCUUUGAUUGAUUCUGUCAUUAAGAAAGGGCCCCAAGCGUGCAAGGUGUGGAUCUUCCAUCUUUGUGAAAUAGACCCCCACCUGGCAGAGAAGCUGGAGCUCUCCCCGGGUUCUCAAUCUAGAAGUGACUCUUCACAAGUUGUGCCCAUGGCAGCACCUUUCCUGCAAGUUUCUCAGACAGUGCCGUCCAACCCAGCUGAGCUCAACUUCUCAGGACCAGGAGGGAUUCUUAAGCUAUGCCCACCAGAAACAGCACAAAGAAUAUGGAAUGAAAAGUCAGCCGAGAUUUACCCCAUAAGAGAAAAGUCAACCCGCACACGCCUUGCCCUCAUCAUCUGCAACACAGAAUUUGAGUGUCUUCCUAAGAGGGCUGGAGCGGAUGUGGACAUCAAAGGAAUGAUUAUGCUGCUACAAGGACUGGGCUACAGCGUGCACUUGAAAGAAAAUCUCACUGCUCCGGACAUGAUUGCAGAGCUGAAGGCGUUUGCCACCCGGAAAGAGCAUGAGACGUCUGACAGUACUUUUGUUGUGUUCAUGUCACAUGGCAUUCAGAAUGGUAUUUGUGGGACAAAGUACUCGGAGGGAAUCUCAGAUGCACUGGAAGUCAACACUAUCUUUCAAAUGUUGAACACCAAAAACUGUCCACAUUUGAAGGACAAACCCAAGGUCAUCAUUAUCCAGGCCUGCCGUGGCGGGAACCAAGGAGAGGUGUGGGUCAAGGACUCAGCAGGACUUUCUGCAGACAUCUCCUCACUGGAUCCAAGUGAGUUUGAAGAUGAUGCCAUUAAGAAAGCCCAUGUGGAGAAGGAUUUCAUAGCUUUCUGUUCAUCGACACCAGAAAAUGUUUCUUGGAGACAUCCAUUGUUGGGCUCAGUCUUUAUUAUGAAACUUAUCCAACACUUGCAAGAAUAUGCCUGCUCCUUUGACCUGGAGACAAUUUUCCGAAAGGUCCGAUUUUCAUUUGAGGCACCAAAUGGUAGUAGAAUUCAGAUGCCUACCACUGAACGGGUGACAUUGACUAAAUGUUUCUACCUCUUCCCAGGACAUUAAAGUAAGUUGUUUCAGGACACUAUUUUGAUAUAGAUUUGACUAUGCUCUAUUGGUAUAAUUCUUGCCUGUCAUAUAGAAGCCUCAAGUUCAAUUCCUUCUCAGCGCACCUCCUGCGCAGCCAUCAUCAGUGCAGUCCAUCAGUGGAAGCUUGAGUGUUACUGUCAUCCUGAAAAUGUUCGAGCAAAGCUUCCAGACGGAAACAGACUAGGAAGAAAGACUUGACAAUCUCCUUCUGGAAAUUAAUCUGCAAAACAUCAUGGAUCACAAUGAACCCUUGUCUUGUUGGCAUCAAGCCAGGGGCUGGGACAAAAUUGUGCAGGAUUUUGUUCCAUUGUGAAUGGAGUCCCAUGAGAUGGAGACUGAUUCAGGGGCAGCUAACAAUAGCUAUAACCUUUUAUAUCAUAGCACACGCAUGAUGGAAUAAUCUAACAAUUUUCAUUGAAAAAUAUAUGACACUUUUUGCAUGUGUGCUCUCUCUCUUCUUAUUACUCUAAAAAGCCAUUAAUUCUGUCAUUCUGCACUCACUUUUGGCAUCAUGUCUGCAGAACAAGACCUUUCUUAACACAUUCAAAUAAAUAUGAAAUGAAC